UUCUCUCUCGUACAAGGUACAAGCAGUGCUUCUCUAUUCAUAAUGUGAAGCGGAUCAAUGAUCAAUGUCAAUUGUAGAAUGUGGCAUCCAUAUGAUUUGUGUUUAUGAGACAAUUAUUAUUUGAAGAGAAAAUUGAUAGUGUUAUAUGUCACAUUAUAAUUAUUAUCAAGAGAGAUAACAGCGCAGUUUUCUUUAUAGAUAAUUAUUUCGCUCUUCUCGGACUAUUUUCAUAAAUAUUUUAGUUAUGGCGAUGAGUUCUAUAGUAAAGAAACCCUGUCCUUUUUUGGAGAAAUGUUAUCGGAAGAAUCCAAUUCACUUUAGCGAAAUGUCACAUCCUCAUUUGGAAAAAUUACUGGUAAAUCAACUUGAUGGUACGAUAGAAAUACCAGAGAUCCUUCAUUUUGUAUGUAAUGAUCGUUCACAAUUGCUGGAUCAAUUGAAAGUAUUGCAAAUGGUGCUUAGAAAGGAAAGAGAUAAGAACAGGGAUAAUCUCUUGCCUAUAAGUAGUCUAUCUUCUGAAGUACAAUCUUCGUCUAUCGCUACAUCAGAUAUUAAAGAAGAUUUGAAAGAAAAAGCAGAGAGACAUAAGAAAGCAAUGAUACAGAAAAGGCAAGAUAAACUCAAACAGAUGGAUGCGGAAGCACAGGCACUUUCUAAAGCUUUAAUUAGUACAGAAUGUGAGAAUUCAGAAGAUACCAAGGCAAAAAAAAGAAGUCGGGAAACAUCCACAGCUGCUCCUGUAAUAAAAAAGAUGAAACAGAUGAGCAUAGAGAGCAGUAAUCAUGCUAGAGAUAGUAAGCAGAAUAUCAAUGAUUCUCAAAGCAGUUCUACAAGUAAUGAGCGAGAUGCAAAUUCUGAAAGAGGAACAUCUAUCAUGGAUAUGUAUCAAGCUUGUGAUUCUGAAAAAACUAGGAAGGAAAUUAGAAAGAAAGCUAUCCAGAUGAUGAGACAGUCUGGAUAUAUAGUAUCUGUUGUGGAGCCAGGAGAGUUUGCGUUAAAAUAUGCCUUUUCAGCACCUUACCACUUAUUUUUUACGAGAGUUGAAAAAUCUAAGGAGACUUACAAUCAACAAUUCUCCAUAACUUUCCCUGAGAUUCUUGAUAGAAGUCUUGGAGAGAUUGUUAACAGUCUUCAUUUAAAUUUUAUGGUAGAUGUCGGAUGGUUGUGUUUGCAGUAUCUGUUAGCUGGUCAACGUACCGAUAUGAUGAUUUUGUAUGGUGAUAGAGUAGACCAUGAGAAAUUAGGCUCUAACAUUACUAUGAUACAUGUAGAUAUGCCUACCCGGUUUGGUUGCCAUCACUCUAAAGUCAUGAUAUUUCAAUACAAAGAUGAUGGAAUCAGAGUGGUGAUUUCCACUGCUAAUUUGUACUCUGAUGACUGGGAGAAUCGGACACAAGGGCUAUGGAUCUCGCCUCACUUACCUCUGCUUCCGGAAUCCGCGAAUCCCAGUGAUGGAGAAUCCCCAACGGGUUUUAAAAAGGAUCUCGAGCGAUAUCUGAGUAAAUAUAGACACCCGGCUUUAACACAAUGGAUAUGGGCCGUACGGAGGGCAGAUUUUUCUGCUGUGAAUGUAUUUCUCGUGGCUUCUGUUCCUGGAACUCACAAAGAUGCCGAAGUUGAUUCUUGGGGACAUAGAAAAUUGGCGUAUGUUUUAUCGCAUCACGCUACAUUACCGCCUGAUGCUCCUCAGUGGCCUAUAGUCGCACAAAGUUCCAGUCUAGGUAGCCUUGGUCCAAACUUUGAAAGCUGGUUGUCGAAAGAUAUAAUUCCGUGUAUGUCAAGGGAGACUACUAAGGGCUUAAAGAGCCUUCCAAACUUUCAAUUUAUUUACCCGUCGAUAGAGAAUUACAAGCACAGCUUCGAUUGUCGGAAUUUGUCUUGUUGUUUGCCCUAUAGCAUGCAAGUGCAUUCUAAACAACAAUGGAUAGAAUCAUAUUUGUACCAAUGGAGAGCUAAACGAACAGGACGAGACCGCGCAAUGCCUCAUAUUAAGUCCUAUACGAGAAUUUCGCCCGAUUUGAAAAGUAUUCCAUGGUUCGUGCUCACAAGUGCGAAUCUGAGCAAGGCCGCAUGGGGAGUACAACGAAGCAACCAUUACAUAAUGAGCUAUGAGGCCGGUGUUAUAUUUAUACCAAAGUUCAUUACCGGGACAACGACGUUUCCUAUUGAAGACGAAGAAGACCCAGCCGUUCCGGUAUUUCCGAUUUCAUAUGAUCUUCCGUUACGUCGAUACGAUUCCAGCGACAGUCCUUUUGUCAGCGAAUUUCUCAAUACUCUGGGCAGAACGUAAUUUUUCGGAUGAUGAAAGCAGUGUUUUUUUACUUUUUAAAUAAUGGUUUUUUAAAUUAUAUUUGUUCACAUAUAUUUUUACAAAAUUAUGGAAUAAUAAAUUUAUUCUUUUUCUGAGUAAAAACAUGUUUCUUUCAAAACAUGUAGUGAGUAGCUGUUUAUAACUUUUGCAUUAGGAACUUUUUCACUUCGAUUGUAUUUUCUCAAUCUAAUGCUAGUUUCCGAUCAUAUUAGUUCUCUAAUGACUACAUCAUUAUCUUUAAUAAAUCAUGAAUCAAUCGUAAGAGAGAUGACUGUGCACAAAGGAGAAAAAGCAAAGAAGCGACGGGCUGAAACAUUAGUGAGAAUUCUCACGUGGUGCAUGAUUUUUUUUCUCCGUCUUGAUUUCGCAGCGAAUUCGUGCCAGCGUCGCAUCAGAACGCGUUUUCCAUAAAACAUCAGCAUGAAAGCGCUUCCUCAAUACGAGGGCCGAAAUGUCUUCCCUCGUAGUAUUAGUGCUGUCUGUCCUGUACAUGCUCAGCCUUCAAACGGCUGUUAAUCAUACCGCAAUAUUCUCGUAUAAGUAUGCAGCAAUUAUGUGUUCCGUACGCACGUUGGGCAACACAUCUUGUCGCGAGAAACAAAUAUGAUUCAUAGAAAUAUGUAAAAUUCUUAUUUAAAAAAUCAAGUUCUCUGCGAUCAUACACAUGGUUUGUAAUAAUGCAUUAGUAAUAAAACGUAAACAUGAUAU